UCCUUAGUAGAGCAGCUCAAGUAUUAUAAACGAAGCUCGAUCAUGCGCACUAAACGAAGCUCGAUAGUUUGCAUUUAUAUUGCAGUAGUUGUCAUCGUUUCCAGUCUUGAUGUUUUAGCAAGAUACCGUGCGAUAGCGGCAGAGAAGUUACAAGAUAAAGUGAAGGAUGUGAAUCUUUUUGUUGUGGAGUGUUCAAAGAAGAGAAACCACAACGCUUAUGUGUAUGGUUAUGAAGCACUAUUCCUGCUUCUGGUGGGUCAUGUCAUUGCCACUGUUUUUGGAUGCUGGUCUUAUUUCAAAAACUUGUCCAGAAAUUGGUGCUCACAUGCUUGCCUCAUUUUCAUGUGGGUAGCAUUUGGUGCAGGAGUGUUUUUUCUAAAAUAUGGAGCAGACCCUAACAAAAAGUCCAAACUUUCAUGUCAUCUCAUCUCUCACCGUGGCUGGCUAGGGUAUGGAGGAUUUCUUUGCUUAUGUCACGCAAUAUGUUUCGCAGUAUUCUGUGGUUUUGGCAUUCUUGCGAAGGGAUGCCUGAGAGAAGAUAAAUAGACUGUGAAGACCAAUCAUGGUAUUGAAAUAGUUCAUCAGGACAGAGUUUAACACUUUAUUCACCUUAGAAUUAAGUUGCUCCUUGUAUAUAUGCCUUAUACUUUCUAGUAGCUUGACAUGGCGGAAGAUAAAUUAAUGUAGCCAUGCAUUGUAAGGAUCUUAUUUAUCUGCUAUGAUAUGAAAGAACAUUAUAUACUAGUGAUUUUAUGUAAUAUGAUUACAAAGCUCUCUUCA